AUGGAACACGAGCGUGAAACUGAGGAGCAGGAGGAAUAUACCGCUAUUUAUACUGUAUCCAGGAGAACUCGCACGAGGAGUAAAUGUAGACGAACAAAAAGUGGAAGAAAUGAGAAAACACAGUCGGAGAAAAAUCGUAAUGCUUGUCCAGACGAACGUUUACCACCAGUUAUGUUUUCACCGCGUAAUCAAAAAUUAUCUUCGAAAAUGAAGUCGAAAUUUGACAUAACAAAAGAAAAACUGCAAAAUCUAGAUACGGUUUUUUUCCCGAUUCCGCGGAAUAGAGUUUUUCUAGGGAAAUGUUCAGAUGAUGACGACUCAAGUGGCUAUCGAGUGUCCGAAAGUGUCCUAUCCGUCCUCAAAACCGUCCGAAUAUGGAAGUUAAGGAAGACUGGCAGACAGGGAUACGACAAAUUCCGACGAACGGCGGAGUUCGUCAGGUUCGCACGGAAGAUGUGUGCACGCCAGCCAGAUAAAACAUUGAGUCCGGAGGAAAGCAUUCUGUUUUUCCUCAACACGAGUUCCCGCCGUCGACCAGACACACCGAACUCGCCCGACCCCCGGACCCUAUUUGAUGUCACUCCAUUCAAGGCUUUGGGACAAAAAACUUUUGUAAACACUUUACGAAACUGUCUCGGAAUCCCCCCGGAAUUGCGGACAAGUGAUGACAUCACAGCGAUGACUCGCAU